GGCAGAGAGAGAUAAUAUACAGAGCUCUAGAGAUGAUAGAGGCAGAGACUCGAGAAAGAAAAGGAAGAACACAGAGGGAGAAGAAGAGAGAAAGUGAGAAAAUGACAGAACAUCUGUGAAAAACAGGGAAGCACACAGCUGUAGCCGAUUAAUAUGGUAGCUGCCAGCCAGAGAGAGAGGAAGAGUGAGAGGACGAGAGAUGGAAGACAGCAGCUCUACUCCUUGUGUGUUUCAGCCUCAGUGAAGCCUGCGCUUGGAAGGACAUUCUGAUCACACACAGGCAUUUACCUGUCAGUGUGGUGUAGUAAGAGUGGGAUGAGAUCCCCCCUCCCUCCCUCCACCCUCCCUACCGCCGUGGUCACCCUGGCGAUGAAUAAUGCAGUAGGGAUGGGUGGAGGCCACUGAGCGUGUGCGAGGAGGAGGGAUCCCUCCCCCUCAGCCUCAGCCCCCUAGCCUGCUGUUGCUGCUGCUGCUGUUGCCUACUGCAGAACGUCAGUGGUAGAGAGGAGAGAAGAGAGGAGAGGCAGGACAGAGGAGAGGAUGGUGUGUUGAGAGAGAGUGAUAGAGAGCAAGAGCAAGAGGGGUGGGGUGCCGGACGGACGGACGGACGGAUGAACAUGCCCAGUGUGGUAUUCCUGCGAUGACAGCCAUGCUGAGUCCCAAGAUUAGACAGACCAGGAGAGCCCGGUCCAAGAGCAUGGUGAUGGGAGAUGUGUCCCGGGGCCCAAUCCGCCCGUCCUCCCCCAGUCUCCAGGAGGGGGCUCUGAAAGCUGGCUGGCUGAAGAAACAGAGGAGCAUCAUGAAGAACUGGCAGCUGAGAUGGUUUGUCCUGCGCUCCGACCAGCUUUUCUUCUACAAAGAGGAGGAGGAGACCAAGCCACAGGGCUGCAUACCCCUGCAGGGCUGUCAGGUGAAUGAGCUCACCGCCAACUCAGAAGAACCAGGGAGGCAUCUUUUUGAAAUCGUUCCAGGUGGUCCAGGAGGAGAAAAGGACCGUGCUGCGCUCAGUCAUGAGGCCUUUCUGCUCAUGGCCAACUCUCAGAGUGACAUGGACGACUGGGUCAAGGCCAUAAGACGGGUCAUCUGGGCACCCUUUGGAGGAGGGAUAUUUGGCCAGCAUUUAGAAGACACAGUCCAGUAUGAGAAGAAAUUUGGGCACCGCCUGGCACCUCUUCUGGUGGAGCAGUGUGUGGACUUCAUAAAGGAACGAGGUCUGGAUGAGGAGGGCCUCUUUCGGAUGCCAGGGCAGGCUAACCUGGUAAAGGAUCUACAGGAAGCCUUUGACUGUGGGGAUAAGCCUCUGUUUGACAGUAACACUGACGUCCACACGGUGGCAUCCCUGCUGAAGCUCUACCUCCGUGAACUGCCUGAGCCUGUGGUCCCUUUCUCCAAGUAUGAGGACUUCCUCUCCUGUGCUCAGCUGCUGGCCAAAGACGUGGAGGAGGGUGUACAGGAGCUGGUCAAGCAAGUGAGCAAUCUUCCUCCCGCCAACUACAAUCUCCUGAAGUAUAUAUGCAUGUUUCUUGACGAGGUCCAGUCUCACGCAAACAAAAACAAGAUGAGUGUACAGAACCUGGCCACGGUUUUUGGCCCAAAUAUCCUCCGACCCAAAAUGGAGGACCCAGUGGCUAUUAUGGAAGGGACCUCCCUAGUCCAAAGCCUCAUGACCGUACUGAUCAGUGAACAUAACCGUCUGUACUCGGGGAGGGGGGAGCUGGAGGUCCCUGUUCCCCAGCCAGAGGUAACCCUCCAGGGCCAAAGGCUCCAGCAGCACAGCAUCGGUGGCUGGAUCUCUGAGGAGGACCUCCAGAACUGCCCCACCAACCCCAACGAGGACCUUGCCUGCAGCAGCGCCUCUUCUUUGGACGCAAAGCUCUGUGCUGCCACCACCCCUCCACCUAGACUUGCUCCUUCAGGGAAGGGGGAGCCAGUGGUCAGCCCCAGCAAGCAGACCAAGAACCUUCCCUCCUGGAAGUACUCCUUCAAGGGCACCUCAACGCCACGGCCCCCUCCUCAGGCCGACGUCACCACCGUGUCCCCCAGUGGCAACUGGUUGAUGAACGGGCUGUCCUCUCUGAGGAGCCACAGGCGCACCUCCUCGGGGGAGCGUGUCAGGGACUCCACCGGCUUUUCCCAGAGACUGUCCACCUACGACAACGUCACAUCUUCCUCCAGCAUGGGCAGUGGCCCUAGUGUAGCCAGCACGCCUUGGUCUGCCUCCUCCUGUGACAUCUCCGCAUCCGACUCAGGCAGCGAGCCCUCAGGGCUUAACUGUGGUAAUGGGAAGGGUCUAGAGGAGUGCCAAUGGCAGGAGCUAGCCUCACCCCAGGGCCAGGGUCAGAGGGGAGGCCGGGUGGAGGAGAGAGUUGGAGAUAGGGUCUCAGAGCAAGAGCAGGACAGUAGUGAAGCCAUGGAGCUGUGUGUUAGCAGUGCAGGCUGCAGUGACAACGGGAACACCAUAGCCAAUAUGGUGGUGCCGUCCAUCGUGACGCCAGAAGACCUUGAUGGAGGCUCCAAAGCACUUACCAGCCUGGUGGAGGGUCUGAAGGAUGAGCUGAGGAAACAGAAGGUGGCCUACGAGACCAGGAUCAAAAGGCUGGAGGAGUCCAGUGCGGCGCUGUGUGCUCAGAUGGAGCGUCUGGAGCAGGAGAUGGAGCAGGAGAGAAAAAAGCAGCGGAUGCUGGAGAUCAAGCUCCGCAACUCAGAGCGAGCCCGUCACGACGCAGAGAACAGGAACCGGCUCCUGGAGAAGGAAAUGGAGGACUUCUUCUCCACUCUGGGGGACCUGGCUCUGGGAGCAAGGACUAGUGACAUUUAAUAGCCCUGGUUAUAGUCCUCUAUAGUCUCUUCCCACAGCUGGGUGCCAUGAGUCUGGCAAGCAAGACUGACAACUACAUGGACUCAGUGAAUAAUACUGCAUGUUGUCCAACACAGGCAGCUGCGUCUCUCAAUGUUUCCUCAGGCCUCAAAGUGUGCCUAUGACUACCACGAGUAUCUAUCUGGAUGGAAUUCCGUGUCGUUUGGUGACAAAGCCUCGGUCCUUGGUUUACUCUGGUCAACUCUGUCAGUAUACUUUUAAUGUAAAUCAAAGGGUUUCGACUGCUAUCAUUAUGACUAUACAAUAAUCCCUGCUGUGUUAAUCAUAUGCUGCCUACAACAGUACACAAUAUGCAAAUACAACAUUACCAAAGCUGGACUCUGCUAAGGACCAGGGUUGAAGCCACCAUGUUGGUUUGGGGCACAUGAAGCUGAUUACUGCCCUCAAAGGAACAAUGAAGAAGUGUGCUGGCUGUGCCUUUGCAGACUUUUUGAAUUCGAUAAAAGAAAAUGUUGCGUGCUUGUCCAGAGGUGUAGUUAGUCAAUUACUG